GGGCUCCGAGGUGGCUGGCUGCGCGCGCUGCCCUGCUCACCCCCGCGGGACCCUCUGCUUCUCUGCUCUGCGCCCCGAGUCUUCCUGCAGUGGCCCUCGGCCUGGGACCCCGCGGGAUAUGGCCUGGGCCACGGCGUCUGCAGCAAGGACGGCCCUGGGUCGGGCCUCCUCACUCCUCCUGAGGCGAGGCUACCAGACGGAGAGGGGAGUCUACGGCUGCCCGCCGAGGAAAACCGAGAGCCGGGAGCCCCGGGCCGCCACGGCGCGCACCCCAGUUGAUCAUGGCCUUGCCAGGUUGGUGACAGCCUACUGUGAGCAUGGUCACAAAGCUGCGGAAAUCAACCCCCUCCUCGCUGGACACGCCCCGCUGGACAGCGUGCCUGAGAUCCAGGCCCUGGUGCAGAGCCUGCAGGGCCCCUUCCGCACCUCAGGAUUACUGGACAUGGGGAAGGAGGAGGCCUCUCUGGAGGAAGUGUUAGCCUACCUCGGCCAGAUCUACUGUGGACCGAUCGCUAUUGAAACUGCUCAGCUUCAGAGCCAGGAGGAGAAAGACUGGUUUGCCAGGCGGUUUGAGGAGCUGAAAAAGGAGACCUUUACCCUAGAAGAGCGGAAGCACCUAUCAAAGCUAAUGCUGGAAUCUCAGGAAUUUGACCACUUUCUGGCCACCAAGUUUGCCACUGUGAAGCGGUAUGGAGGCGAAGGAGCCGAAAGCAUGAUGGGUUUCUUCCACGAGCUGCUGAAGAUGGCCGCGUACAGCGGGGUCACCGACGUGGUCAUCGGGAUGCCCCACCGAGGGAGGCUGAAUUUGCUGACAGGCCUUCUUCACUUGCCUCCAGAGCUGAUGUUCCGGAAAAUGCAAGGCUUAAGCGAAUUUCCAGAGCAUUCCUUGGCCACUGGAGACGUCCUGUCUCACCUGACCUCCUCUGUGGACCUGGACUUUGGUGCCCACAGUCCCCUCCACGUGACAGUGCUGCCUAAUCCCUCCCAUCUUGAAGCUGUUAACCCCGUGGCCGUUGGGAAAACCCGGGGCAGGCAGCAGUCUCGCCAGGACGGGGACUAUUCUGUAGAUGGCUCUGGCCGGCCUGGGGACAGAGUCAUUUGCCUGCAGGUUCACGGUGAUGCUUCUUUCUGUGGUCAAGGGAUUGUUCUUGAAACAUUUACGCUGUCUAAUCUCCCACAUUUCAGAAUUGGUGGGAGCAUCCAUUUGAUUGUCAAUAACCAGCUGGGCUACACCACUCCAGCAGAGAGAGGAAGGUCGUCUUUGUACUGUAGUGACAUUGGGAAGCUUGUGGGCUGUGCCAUCAUCCAUGUUAAUGGAGACAGGCCAGAGGAAGUGGUCCGGGCCACACGACUGGCUUUUGAAUAUCAGCGCCAGUUCCGCAAGGAUGUGAUUGUUGAUUUGCUAUGCUACAGGCAGUGGGGCCACAAUGAGCUGGAUGAGCCUUUCUUCACCAAUCCAGGCAUGUACAGAAUCAUCAGAGCCCGGAAGAGCAUCCCAGACACAUAUGCAGAGCACCUCGUUGCCAGCGGACUCAUGACCCAGGAGGAGGUGUCUCAGAUAAAAGCCUCCUACUAUGCCAAGUUAAAUGGCCAUUUGAAGAACAUGGCCCACUACAGCCCCCCAGCUACCAACCUGCAGGCACACUGGCAGGGCCUUGUCCAGCCAGCAGCACGUGUCACUACCUGGAACACCGGUGUGCCCCUCGACCUCCUGCGCUUUGUUGGUGCCAGGUCCGUGCAGGUGCCCGGGGAGCUGCAGAUGCACAGCAGCCUUCUCAAGAUGUACGUUCAGUCCAGAAUGGAGAAGGUGAUGAGUGGGACAAAUUUAGACUGGGCCACGGCAGAAGCCCUGGCCUUGGGCUCCUUACUCGCUCAAGGUUUUAAUGUCCGUCUGAGUGGCCAAGAUGUUGGCCGCGGAACUUUCAGUCAAAGGCACGCGAUGGUGGUUUGCCAGAAGACAGAUGACACGUACAUUCCUCUGAACCACAUGGACCCUAAUCAGAAGGGGUUUCUGGAGGUCAGCAACAGCCCUCUGUCGGAGGAGGCCGUCCUGGGAUUUGAAUACGGGAUGAGCAUCGAAAGCCCAAAGUUGCUGCCCAUCUGGGAGGCUCAGUUUGGUGAUUUCUUCAACGGAGCGCAAAUCAUAUUUGACACCUUCAUUUCUGGAGGCGAGGCCAAGUGGCUCCUACAGAGUGGCAUCGUCAUCCUCCUUCCCCAUGGCUAUGAUGGGGCUGGCCCAGACCACUCAUCCUGUCGCAUAGAGCGGUUCUUGCAGCUGUGUGACAGUGUGGAAGAGGGAGUGGACGGCGACACUGUGAACAUGUUUGUGGUGCACCCGACGACUCCCGCCCAGUACUUCCACCUGCUCAGAAGACAGAUGGUGCGGGACUUCAGAAAGCCCCUCAUCGUCGCUUCUCCCAAGAUACUGCUCAGGUUCCCUGCAGCUGUGUCAACUCUACAAGAAAUGGCCCCAGGAACAGCAUUCAGACCAGUCAUUGGUGACCCAUCUGUGGAUCCAAAAAAUGUCAAGACCCUCGUGUUCUGCUGUGGCAAACACUUCUACGCCCUGCUGAAGCAAAGAGAAUCUUUGGGGCCCAAGAAGCAUGAUUUUGCCAUCAUCCGCAUAGAAGAACUCUGCCCUUUCCCGCUGGAUUCCCUGCAACAAGAGAUGAGCAAGUACAAGCAUGUCAAAGAUUUUGUCUGGAGCCAGGAAGAGCCCCAGAACAUGGGUCCAUGGUUUUUUGUUUCUCCAAGAUUUGAAAAGCAACUGGCCUGCAAGCUUCGUCUAGUGAGCCGCCCGCCCUUGCCAGUGCCCGCAGUAGGAAUUGGCACAGUGCACCAGCGGCAGCACGAAGAUAUCCUCACCAAGACUUUCAAAGCGUGACGUCCUGUGAAGAAAGCCUGUUCCUGAGAAGCAAACUGCCCAAGGCAAAGGCUUGCUUCCCCUGCUCUGUCCUCUUCCUGUUGGGUAACAUGAAAACUCUGUGUCUUUCUCUAAAAUGUUGAGAUCUGGGAUAGCAGGAAUGAAUACCCACCCAGGGAAUCAGUUAUGAAUACACAAAUGAGAUUAGUACAUUUUUAUCCUUAAAAGAAGAACAGCGUUACGUUUUGUUUAGAUCUGAGUGAGCUGGAGAACUAGGUCAUUACCCUGGUGAUUGCAGGAUCCAUAGGCAUGAACCACACAUGACUGGGAAAAGUUCUUUAGCCAGAAUUUAGAGUCCCAUAUAGAGGAUCUCAUCGCCACUGCUGUAUUUGUUUGAUGUGUGUUACUUUCAUCCAGUUUUUCCCCUUUUUUUUCAAAGUCUUGCGUUACCAAUGUUUUCAUUUUAUGUCUCUGGCAACUGUACUAAAUGUUCUACCCGACUAGCAAAACUAGAUUAUCCCUGACGUGUGUCAUUAAUCUUAAUGUUAGGUCCUACUAAAUAUAAUCUCAAGAUGUCUGAUCUUCUAGUCCUAUACUUUUAAAUUAAGGAGUUUUAGCUAAAUUAAUUUAUAGUCUACUUGGCCAUAUUUUUUUCCCUAAAUUGUUCAUACAAUCCUACCUUACAAUUUUUAACUAACUUUGGUGUCUAGUAUGGGAAUUUCAGCACCUAGUCAAUCGCUGUGUCUCUGAAACUCCCAGCUGCAAUGUUUAUUUGUGGUGUUUAAACAACACUUUUGGAAGAGCCUUUCCCGGUGCUAGGAUUUUUCCUAGCUAGCAGACUCACUCUGGCCGAAGUUACACCUGAGACCGGAUGCCUCACUGAACAGCGGACUGUGCAGCUUCCCUGGACUCGGUGCCGAGGAGCCUCCACCAGCCCCCAUUCCUGUGGGAUGACGCUGUUUUUCUGAGAAGUAGGGUGACAUACGUGGGCUACCACAUACCCACUCCCUCUCUGCUUUUACCAGCAACUGGUUGUGUCCUUCAGAAUCCGUGUGGGCUGGUCUGGACACAGCAGUAGAUUCAUGGUUUACAUCUCCAACAUGUCCGUCAGUAUAAUGAUUUCACGUUUCUACGUCAUUCUCCUCCCUCUCCCUUAUAUCUGCCUCAAUGCUUUUUUCUUGUCUCAUAUUUUGCAUCACUCAUGUAAACUGGUAAGACUACAAAGGUCUAUUUAAUGACAGUGUUUAUCAAUGUAUUUUUAGUAAAAAAAGCAUAAUGCCUUUUUUUUCUCAGGUGUUUCAGCUUCUUGAAUUAAAAGGUUGUAAAUGUCUAACUACAAAAGGAAAUGGAAGAGCUGUGUUAAAAACUUUUUGUUUAGCUCUCUCUAAAUUUGUCCCUAACUUUAUUCCUCACAAGUUUGGGACCUCCUAUUGCAUCUUUUCCAGCUUGAACCAAGAGCCACAUCUCCUGUCAUUUUAACCUUCUUCCUCCAGUCACAUCUGUGCCCCUUGCAGGAACCAUUUGAAGAAUUUCAACCCAAUAUGCCUUACCUUUCUACUACUACUGUUAUAUUCAUAUCCAAUUUAUUUCUAUUACCUGUAUCCAUGACAGUGUCUUACUCAAAGAAAAACAAUUUGAUCAUCAGUAAGCCAAAUAUAUUAGCAACUAUGGAAGAAUGUUAUUUUGUUUAAAUUACACAUUACGAUUAGAAAAUAAAAGUUUUUCUUGUGAGGAC